AUGGAGUCGUCGUCUUCAUCGUCGUCGUCGGCAUCGACGCCGCAAUUUCGGCGCAAUUUUGAUAUGGAAAGUCUGAGCAUCAGCGAACCAGCUGACUGCGAUGAGGAACAGGAUUUUUCCUUUCGCUAUCCGAGCUAUAUGUAUCCCGAUGUGGAGUACGAUAAGCACGAUGUGCCGCUCUCGUUUAGAGCCUCACCAGACUCCCUUUUCAAUCUGUGUGCCGCUGUCGUGGAUGCCCAGGGGCGCACCGAGGUUUUCAAGUGGAGCAUAAAUGAGGUGGCUGAAUGGCUCCGUGAAUUUGGCUAUCCGGAGUAUGAGCAAACCUUCAGGGAGAACUAUAUUGAUGGGCACAAGCUGCUCAAUCUGGAUGCCAUCGCCUUGGUGGCUUUGAAUAUACGCGACUUUGAGCAUAUUCGUCAUUUGGGUCGUGGCAUACGAGCGCUCUACCGCAAGGAGCUGCAAGUGGCAACCGAAACGAAGCAGCAGGGUGAGGUAUACAAAUCCUUUCGCUCACGCACCGGACGCAAUUACGAAGGUCUGCGCGAGACGGAACUAUUGGGACGCAUGCAUAUGCUGCGCUCCGUCUUCCAGGACAUUAACGAAUGGGAGCUAAUGGAGCUGCAUAUGGCACGUGCUCCGGUGCGUCGCUAUCGCGAGGUGGUGGCCAAUACGAGGCGAUAUAAUUUAUACGGUGCUUCGGCGGCACGCAGAAUGCCAGUCAUGAUGGAUGAUGUCGAUACAGCGACUUGGUAUAAUUUUGGGGAUUGUUAUUGA